GCAACAAGCGACAGGCUGGAAGCUGCUGGCGUCUGGUUAUUUAUGGCGAAGUAUGUUAGCCCCGAACUAACGAAACACACACACACCACAGCUACCCUCGCAUUAACUAAAGUCCCCCCCACCUCUUGCAGAGCUUGAAGCUGCCACAUCGUUUCGCUUCUGUUCGCCGCUGAGCAAAGCAGCCCGAGACACCGCGCCGUGGUUGGGCCUCGAGCCUCGGCCUCGCCUGGAUUCGCUGCCCAAGUUUCGUCCACCUACCCGGGGGGGGGGGGAACCAGACGCCGGGCACCCUCGGAGCUCGGGUCCGUCACUGAUUUACAUCACCCGACCGCUCUUUCGCUCUCGAGGUCAUGGGUUCGAUCCCGACCCUGACGAUGCCUGCUGCUGUAUAAUUGGAGUCUGCGUCUCUCUCUCAUCAUCAUCACGGUGGUUCGGAGAUGUAAACUACCUCGCCUGGUUGCCAACCUCGGCUGUAGCCCCCCCACGUCUCGCGGUGCCAUGGACAUAGCUACGGCUGCUGGCGCUGCUGCUGCUGCUGCACGUGACCCUGGGCGAGAGGAAGAAGCGUCGCUGCUCAUCAAGGAGGAGCGGGAAGAGGAGUCGCGCCCCGAGGUGCAGGCGGCCGUCAUCGUGAAGUGCGAGGAGCAAGAGGAGUCCGUAGGCUCGGAGGUGGGAGGAGUUGACGCGGGGAAUGCGGUGGAGGUGAGUGGGGACUCGCGGGGAGAGCGAGACGCCUCCUCCCAGGGCUGGGCCGAGGUGGAGGUGGAGUUGGAGGACAGCGACGGUGAUGACGGUGGUGGCGGCGUUGGUGGUGGACGCAGCAAGAGGCAGCAACACCCGUGCCUCGACUGUGGCAAGACUUUCGUCAGCAUCGGUGGCCUGCGCAGGCACGCGCAGCUGCACGGCAUUAAGCGUCCGUGCCGGGAGCGCGGCCAGAUCUUGACCUCGGACCGCGAUCGGCGGACGCGCUGCCAAUCGCACCGCCAGCCGCGUCGCCCGAAGUCGCCGACGGCCGACGGUGGCCGCGCUUGUCCCGGGCGGGCGAGCGCCGAGGGCCGGCGCCACUUGUGCGGGGUCUGCGGCAGAGGCUUCCCCUGGCUCUGCUACCUCCGGAGCCACGAGCGGCGGCACGUGCUCUCCGGCCAUCGCCGCCGCGCGGUGUGCGCCGAGUGCGGGGAGGUGUUUUCGGGGCAACGCGAGCUGGCCCGGCACCGCCAGGGACACGCGCGCGGGCCGCUGGGCCAGUCGGCGUCGGCGCAGCCGGGGGAGGGAGCCGGAGGGGGGGGGGCGGCCGCGGCCGAAGGGACGCCGGCGACGACUCUCUUUCUGUGCGACGCCUGCGACCGGGCGUUCCCGUCGCACGGGGAACUUAUCGAGCACCGGGCGUCUCACGACGGCGGCGAGCGUGGGAGCGCGCUCCCCUCGCCGAGCAAGCUGUCGCGCCGCCGCAAGAUCCGCUCGGGCAAGCUGUGCCGGCCGCACCCGAGGAGGCACCGGCGCGCGGGCGAGAGGGCGAGCGACCGCGGCGAGCGCGGCCGCGCGUUCCGCCGGCCCUCGGGCCUCCGCAGGCACCGCGGGCGGCGGCCGAACGCUCGCCCCGACGCGCCGGGGGCGGCGGAGCCGACGGACGCGGCGGGGGAUGGCAGGCGGCGCGACGACGGCGCCGGCGGGGCGCACGUGUGCGGGGAGUGCGGGCGCGGCUUCCGGUGGCCGUCGUACCUGAAGAGGCACGGCAGGACGCACACGGGCGAGCGGCCGCACAUGUGCGGGCGGUGCGGCAAGGGAUUCUACCAGUCGUCGAACCUCAAGAAGCACCUGGGGAUUCACGACAGGGAGAGACCGGACCCCGAGGCGCCCAACGGCCGGGGGCCACCGCCCUGGGAGGAAAGCGGGGAGGAGGCCCCACCCCGUUCGUCGCACCAGGGCGCUCGGGGGGACGUGUGCGGCGAGGAGCGCGGGAGGGGCUCUGCUCGAGCCGCGGAGCUCGCCGCCCAACGGGACGGACGCCCCGACGUAAAGACGCUGGGCUCGCCGCGGCCGGAUGAGCCCCUCGACAGGGAGGCGGACGAGGUGCCCCCACGCCACGAAUCCAAGCGGCGCGCGGCAGCUCUGCCCGCGCCGGACGAGCUUCCCGCGGGCGACGGUCGCGAGGGCGUCUCGCCAACGGGCGCCGAGGGGCGCGAGGCACCCGGGCCCGGCAGCGAGAGCGGCGGCGGCGGGGGCGGCGGAGCGCACGUGUGCACCGAGUGCGGCCAGGGCUUCCGGUGGCUCUCCUACCUGACGCGGCACCGGCGGACGCACACGGGCGACAGGCCGCACGCGUGCGCCGAGUGCGGCAAGGGAUUUUCCCAGCCCUCGGACCUCAGGAGGCACCGGAGGCUGCAUGCGACCGAGCGACCGGGCGCGGCGCCGGCGUCGGCGGCGUCGUCGGAAGGAGCGGUUUCUCGGCCGGCCGUUCUGGAGGAGAGCGAGGCGCCACCACCGCCGGCGGCGGCGGCGACGCCGGACGGUGACGACCGGCGGCGCGACGCCUCCAGGGAGCUGGUGUGCACAGAGUGCGGGCAGGCGUUCGCCUGCGCCUCCUCGCUCAACCGGCACCGCAGGGCGCACCUAGGCGUGCGCCCGCACGCGUGCGCCGAGUGCGACCGAGCCUUCCUGCAGGCGUCCGAUCUCAGGAGGCACCAGAAGGUGCACGGCGCGGGGAGGCCGAACGCGCGCACGAGGCGGCCGAGGGAGCCGGCUACGCGGGGAGGGGUCGUCGACGCGCACCGCAACGAGGAGCCCGGGGUGGGAGGAGGAGCGGGAGGAGCGUUCGCGAGCGGAGAAUGUGUGGAGGGGCACGGCGAGGAGCGGAGCGGAGAUAGUCCCCUUGAACGCGAGGAGCCCCCAAAGGCGUCCAUCGCACGCCAAAGCGAGGACCCCUCCCGUGGAAGAUGGUGCGCUGGCGACAAGCGAGGGGAGCCGGCCGUACAGCCUCCGGGGUUCGUCGGCGAGAGCCAGGCGGCGACGCAGGUCGGCGAGCGCUCUUGCUCACGUGGGGAGAGCGCAUCGGGGGAGGUGGUCGAGCGUCUGCGCGCGCUCCCCUCCGCCGAAGGACCCGCCCGAGCGCGCGGGGAUUCCAUCGAAGCGUCGCCAGCAAACGGGGAACCGGAGAGGCGUCCGACGUCGCACGUGGAAAGCCGGGCGCACGUGUGCGACGACUGCGGCCAAGAGUUCCGGUGGCUCUCCUACCUGAAGCGCCACAGGCGCACGCACACGGGCGAGCGUCUGAACGUGUGCAGCGAGUGCGGCAAAGCCUUCUACCAGCCCUCGGACCUGACGAAGCACCGGCGGACUCACGGCACGGCGAGGCCGCACGUCUGCGGGCGGUGCGGCCGCGGCUUCGCGACGCCGGAGAAGCUGGCGGCGCACCGGGGCGUGCACGCCGGCGAGCGGCCGCACGUCUGCCCGGAGUGCGGCAAGGCUUUCGCCUUCGCCGACAACCUGAGGAAGCACGCCAAGAUCCACGCGCGCGACAAGCCGCCGCCGUGCGAGCUGUGCGGCAGGGGCUUCGAGACGUUCUACCGGCUGUCGCGCCACCGCAAGGUCCACUCGGGGGAGUACCCGCACGUGUGCGACGAGUGCGGCGAGGGCUUCCCGUGCGCCUCCCACCUCAGGAAGCACCGGUGGGCCCACGGCGGCCAGAAGGCGCACGCGUGCGGCGAUUGCUCCAAGGCCUUCGCGCGCGCCUCAGAGCUCAAAAGGCACCGGCGCGUGCACGCCGGGGAGGACCCGCGUCCCGCGUUCGCGGAGAGCCGGAGCUCGCCGCAGUCUUCGGCGGCGCCGGCAGCGCGGCCGGACGAGGCUCCGCACGGGGGUGGCGCGGCGGUGGCGGCAGCAGAGCUGCCGGCGUCGGCGGCGGACGCAGAGAAGCAGCGGCAGCACGCUCACGCGUGCGACGACUGCGGGCAAGGCUUCCCGUUCCGCUCGCUGCUGGCCCGGCACCGGCGGGGCGCGCACGGCGGCACGGAGCGACGGCACGCAUGCGAGGAGUGCGGCCGCGACUUCCUGCGUCUCUCCGACCUGAAGAAGCACGCCAGGACGCACUCGAGCGAGCGUCCCUACGCGUGCGAGGUGUGCGGCAAGGGCUUCGUCAGCGGCUCGCGCCUCAGGACGCACCGGGAGAUCCACAGCGGGGAGCGGCCCUACCCGUGCGCCGUGUGCGGCAAGCGUUUCGCCCAGCCGCACGGCCUAGGCUGCCACCUGAAGCUGCACUCGGGGGUGCGCCCGCACGUGUGCAAGGAGUGUGGCGAGGCCUUCUUCUGGCUGUCGGCGCUCAAGCGCCACCAGAUGAAGCACACGGGCGAGCGGCCGCACGUGUGCCAGGAGUGCGGAAAGGGCUUCACGCUGGUCUACCGCCUCAAGAAGCACCAGAAGAUCCACGCCGCCAAGCUGUACCUCUGCGACGAGUGCGGCAAGGGCUUCACGUGGCACUCGUCGCUGCGCGUGCACAAGCGCGUGCACAGCCGCGAGAAGCCGUACGUUUGCGAGGAGUGCGGAGUGCGCUUCGCCGAGCCCUCCAACCUCAAGACGCACCUGCGCACGCACACGGGCGACCGGCCGUACGCGUGCGAGGAGUGCGGACGCCGCUUCUCGCAGUCGGCGAACCUCAAGAGGCACCGGGCGACUCAUCGGCCCGCGCCCAAGGCUCCCGCGCAGCAGCAACAGCAGCGUGGAGAUGCGGCGGCACCGAUAGCGGAGGCGGGGAUGGAGCUCGGGACUUGCCAGUAAUCGCAGAGAAUGUCUCAAAUCCGGACAUGUCCAGAGUCGCCGUUCAACUGUGUGAAGGUUGGGAGCCGCGCGCGGCUCCUUAAUCCACCACACGCAGCUCUUUAAUCCACCAUGGGUGGCUCCAUCGAAGGGGCGGGCGUAACAUAGAGACGCGCUGUCACGGCAGCAAAGAGUAAGAAACGUCGACUUAAAGCUUUCGUGACUGCAGGGAUUCAUCUUCUUGGUUCUUUCGGUAAAGUCACGUAGAAUGGAAAUAAUAAAAUCAUAAAAAUAAAACAUAAUAAAAUAAUAUAAUAUAAAAUAAUAUAAUAAAAUAAUAUUAUAAACUAAUAUAAUAUUAAAUAAUAUAAUGCAACUCCUAAGACUAAUUGGGGGACGCAAGCGUAGGAUUGAUCACCCUGUCGCUGGCCGCCUUUGGGGAGGGUGUAUCGUGUGAAAGGCCGAAACACCCUAGGAACCGAAGGUUCACUACUGACGAUGCGCUCCCCAAAUUUCACCAGGCUCACUGUUCAUGAACUCUUGGAAAUGCUUGCACAAAGGAUAGUAACAUCUCAUCCUGUGUUCUUGGAAUCUAAUAAUAUAAUAUAUUAUUUUAUUAUGUUUUAUUUUUAUGAUUUUAUUAUUUCUAUUCUACAUGACUUUACCGAAAGAACCAAGAAGAGUAACAAACGUCUCCCGUGCUGUGCCGAAAACCGUUCGUAUUUAUGGACGCACACUUCAUUGAUGAAAUACUGCUGCGUCGUGCUAUGCACUUCGGACACGUACACGCCGGGGAAUGAAUGUGGUGCCAGGAGGAGGCAGUUGUGUUUCCUUGCACGCAGAGGAAGAAGGGUACCCGACAUAAAAGUUCACUUUUCGA